ACACCAUCUAUUCAUCUUUCAACUUCAUUUAUCGCACUCAUAACGUCUUUCUCCAUCACCUACACAGACACGUCUUUUAAACAUUCAAAAUGAGUCGCGAUCUUUCUGACUUUACUCUCGAACGUGAGUUCGUAGGUUACGGUUACAAGAACAUCGACCCAAAAUGGCCCAAAGGCGCAAAGAUCGCCAUCAACUUUAUCGCUCAAUACAACGUAGGAUCUGAGCGUAGUAUCGAAUUGGGAGACGCCGAGACAGAGUAUUAUCUCACUGAAUUGCCCAUCCGAGCUAGAGGAAAGAAGGGUAAGGAUGAUUUGUUGGAGAACCAAUAUGAAUACGGUACCAGGAUCGGUGUUCCCAGGUUGCUUGAUCUUUUCAAACGUCAAGGUGUACCUUUGACUUGGAACAUGUAUACCCUCGCUAUGGAGAAAGUUCCUUACUGGGUCAAACCUAUCUUGGACUCUGGCGCAGAGAUCACUCUUGGUGGAAAACGUUGGAUCGACCUUCUCGAUGGUGUUUCCCCAGAGGAAGAAGAUUCCAUGAUCCGUGAAUCUCUCGACAAGCUUCAGGAGAUCACCGGUGACAAGACCAUCCCAGCUGGUUGGUUCACCGACCGCAGGUCUAAUCGUACUAUCCGAUUGUACGCUCAAGCUAUGGAAGAUAAAGGUCUUCCUUUACUUUACUCUUCCGAUUCGUGCAGUGACGAUCUUCCAUUCUGGACUAAAUCUCCCGUCCAUGACAAAGGUCUUUUGAUGUUGCCUUUCUCCUACGAUGUUAGCGACGCCAAAUACAACCUCCUCGGUAACGGUCCUAACACUCCUCAGGCUUAUUUCAAGUACCUGAAAGACACCUUUGAUAUCCUAUACGAGGAAGGUGUCGAUGGCGAACCUAAAAUGAUGACCAUCCUUCUUCACCCUCAUAUCACCGGUCGUGGUACCCGUGCUUAUUGGCUCGAGCAAUUCCUCGAAUACAUCAAGUCUGUCGAUGGUGUUUGGAUCGCCAGAAGGGAUGAGAUCGCAAAGCAUUUCGCUUCAGUUCACCCAUACGACCCCAAGACGGCUUUCGGACAAACCCCUAAACCUGUGGAGGAUGAUAAAUACCCCGGACCUGGUAAGUGGUGAUAAAAAGAGGGAGAAGAUUGGUAGAAGUGGUUUUUUGAUAUUUGGGAAUACAGAAUGCAUAGUAGAUGAUCGUC